CGUUCCAUCUGCCCUAGUGAGCUGCAGGGGAGCGCUCCUCCGUGGGUCUGUGCUUCAACACCGGGAGGCUGGAAACCUCGUCACCACCGUAACUCUCUCUCUCUCUCCGUUUCCAUUCCCCUAGCAGCUCAAGCUCUGUUGCACCAUGCUGACCGGUCUGUUCCGCAUGCACGGCCUCCUGGUGGCCUCCCACCCCUGGGAGGUGAUCGUGGGCACAGUCACCCUCACCAUCUGUAUGAUGUCCAUGAACAUGUUCACCGGUAACGACCAGAUCUGCGGCUGGAACUUCGACUGCCCCAAAACGGACGAGCAAAUCCUGAGCAGUGACAUCAUCAUCCUUACCAUCACACGUUGCAUCGCCAUUGUCUAUAUUUACUUCCAGUUCCAGAACUUGAGACAACUGGGGUCCAAAUAUAUUUUAGGCAUCGCCGGCCUUUUCACCAUAUUCUCCAGCUUCGUAUUCAGCACGGUGGUCAUUCACUUCCUUGACAAAGAGCUCACUGGCCUCAACGAGGCAUUGCCGUUCUUCCUGCUUCUCAUCGACCUCUCCAAAGCAUGCGCCCUCGCCAAGUACGCCUUGAGCUCCAGUUCUCAGGAUGAAGUGAGGGACAACAUCGCCCGUGGCAUGGCGGUACUGGGACCUACCUUCACUCUGGACGCCCUGGUGGAGUGCUUAGUGAUCGGAGUGGGAACAAUGUCAGGUGUGCGACAGUUGGAAAUCAUGUGCUGCUUUGGCUGCAUGUCUGUCUUGGCCAACUACUUUGUGUUCAUGACUUUCUUCCCUGCCUGUGUCUCACUGGUGCUGGAGUUGUCCCGCGAGAAUCAGGAGGGCCAUCCAAUCUGGCAGCUGAGCCACUUCUCCAGAGUCAUGGAGGAGGAGGAGGACAACAAACCCAACCCCGUGACCCAGAGAGUCAAGAUGAUCAUGUCUCUGGGCCUGGUGAUGGUUCACGCCCACAGCCGCUGGAUCGCCGAGCCCUUGUCCAUCAACACCACACUGGGCGUCCCGCAGGUCGGCAUGGAGCUGGACCACCUCUCACCCAGGAGGAUCGAGCCUGAAAGACCGCUGUGGCACUUCUACCUCACCAGGAUGCUAACCAUGGACAUAGAGCAGGUGAUCUGUCUGGCCUUGGCCCUGCUGCUGGCUAUCAAGUACAUCUUCUUUGAGCAGACCGAGAUGGAGUCCACUCUGUCGCUGAAGAACCCCAUCACCAUGUCCGCCCCCGCCCUGACCCGACGACCCACUGAGGCCUGCUGCAGGAAGGAGCCGUGCCCUCCCCGCCCCCUCGCCCCCACCCAGAGCGUUGCAGCCCCGGCACCCACCAACAAGCCAGAGAGAGAUGAGGUUAUCCGACCCUUGUCCACCCCGGCCGCUGAUCCCCGGCCAAAGAGCUUCUUCGGCGGGGAAGAGGAGGAGGAGCUUAAGUCCGCGACAGUUCAGCCAAGCCUCCCCCCAAAGCCCAGAGACCUGGACGAAUGUGUGGCCAUCCUCAACAACCCUGAGCUGGGAGCUCGUUUCCUGAGUGACGCCGAGGUGAUGCAGCUGGUCAACACCAAACACAUCCCUGCAUACAAACUGGAGGCCAUCAUGGAGAGACCAGAGAGAGGAGUGGCCAUACGAAGACAGAUGAUCUCUGCCAAACUUCCCUCCCCUUCUGCUCUGUCCACCCUGCCAUACGCCGACUACGACUACUCCAAGGUGAUAGGCACCUGCUGUGAGAAUGUGAUUGGCUACAUGCCUGUACCAGUAGGCGUGGCUGGGCCGUUGCAUCUGGACGGGAAGCAGUUCCAGGUACCCAUGGCAACCACGGAGGGCUGCUUGGUUGCCAGCACCAACCGCGGAUGUCGAGCAAUCGCUAUGGGAGGCGGGGCUAGCUGUCGUAUCCUGGCUGACAGCAUGACUCGUGGACCCGUAGUGAAACUGCCCUCUGCCUGCCAGGCUGCUGAGGUCAAGGCCUGGCUGGAGAGCACGGACGGCUUUCAGGACAUCAAAGACGCCUUUGACAACACCAGCAGGUUUGCGCGGCUCCAGAAGCUGCUGGUUGGUCUGGCCGGGAGAAAUCUCUACAUCCGCUUUCAUUCCAAGACUGGAGAUGCCAUGGGGAUGAAUAUGAUCUCCAAGGGUACAGAACAGGCUCUGAGCAGACUGCAGGAGCACUUCCCAGAGCUGCAGGUGGUGGCUGUCAGUGGGAACUUCUGCACCGACAAGAAACCAGCCGCCAUCAACUGGAUCGAAGGCAGGGGCAAGUCCGCCGUCUGUGAGGCUACCAUCCCCGCUAAAGUGGUCAGAGAGGUUUUGAAAACGUCGACAGCGGCUCUGGUGGAGGUGAACAUCAGUAAGAACCUGGUGGGAUCAGCCAUGGCGGGCAGCAUUGGAGGAUUCAACGCACACGCUGCCAACCUGGUGGCUGCCAUCUAUAUAGCCUGUGGACAGGAUCCGGCCCAGUCAGUGGGCAGCAGUAACUGCAUUACCCUGAUGGAGGCGUCGGGGCCAACGGGGGAGGACCUCUACAUCACCUGCACCAUGCCCUCCAUAGAGCUGGGCACCGUAGGAGGAGGCACCAGCCCCCCCCAGCAAGCCUGCCUUCAGAUGCUGGGCGUGCAGGGAGCCAGUCAGGACUGUCCAGGGGAGAACGCCCGGCAGUUGGCCAGGGUUGUGUGCGCCACCGUGCUGGCUGGAGAGCUCUCCCUGAUGGCUGCUCUGGCUGCCGGCCACCUGGUCAAGAGUCACAUGACACACAACAGAUCCAAGGUGAACCUACAGGCGACUCCAGGAACGUGCACUGAGAAGGCCUCCUGAGAGCCCGAGGGCAGCCCGGCCUACUUCAGUGAUCACAGGUCACCUGACGGAGCAAUACGCCCGGGGAAAUAUGGACAAUGUGAGAGGGACUAAUCAUUCACCAAGACAGCGGAACUCAGAUGUCUUUCAAGUGCUUUCAAAGAGACACUGGAGGGUCUUUUUGACCAAUCUCUAUGCUGGAUAUGAAAGAUAUAUAUUAAUUUUCUGUCUUAGAAGCAGAGCAGUAAAUUACUGUCUUUUUUUAUUUCCCACAUUUAAGAACGAUGUCUUUGAGUUCAAAUGAAAUAUUUCUGCUGUCCCGUUGCCAAAUGCAGCUUUGCAAACACGGACACAAUCGAAUGCUGACUGCGACUUUACUCUUCAUCAUUUGAUGACUUCAUCAGGGUGUGUUUGAGAAGCUAACAAGGGUGCAUAGAGUCCCAGUUGUGAGUGCUAGGUUCAACCACAGCAAGACAUGAAUGAAUAUAUGAAUGAUUGAUUGUUUGGAUCCAAGAGGCACUUUAAAACCGAGACUGCCUCACUUUAAAGUGCUGAGUUCAUCUCCUGCACAGGUGAGGACAAAAUCAGGGUUGUGUGUCCUUCAUAGAAAGGAGGGAGGAUGAAUAAAUAAUGCUUCAGGUGCCUGUACUGC